GGCUCUCCAGCACACGCUCAAAGUUUUAAAUUAGCAAGUUGGACGUCUCAAUAUCGUCAUCUUGUGUUGUUUUCAGUCUCAAAACAACUCUCAAGUCAGUUCUAGUCUUAUUUUUUUGGUGAAAAAUUCUUCAAGAGAAAUGAUUUUCCCCAUAAGCUUAAUCCUGAGUGUUCUCUGUGUGUCCUGGGGGCAGAAAUUGCAGCCAGAAAUUGUGAAAAUAAGUGAAGAUCAGGUGAAUAAUUUGGGUGAGACAAUUGCACUCAAGUGUGUGACAAAAGAUGCUGGGGAUUUCCCAGUUGUGUGGAAAAAAAUCAGCAAAAACCCCACAGACGCAGUAUUUAUAUCAUCGGGUGGCAGCUUAAUCUUGCCAGAUAGUCGAUUUUCCAUUGAGGUGUCCAACGAUCAAACCACGUAUAGGUUGAAGAUCAAGGAUGGGAGUGAAAGUGAUUCGGGAACAUAUCAAUGUGGGAUCGUUGCAUCAGCCCUUAAUACCUUUUCGAAGAAUGUGGAGGUUGUUGUGCGGGAUUUCGGGGCAAAAAUCCCAAGUGAUCCCGCACCGAAUGUUGCUCAAAUCUCCGAUGAUCCCCCACUGAGUAUUGCACCAAUUGUACGACCUGAUACGGUAUUCGAGCAGGUGAUUGAUCUCAAUCCCAAAAUUAUUCAAAUAACCGAAGAUGGUGUCUAUGCCGAAGGGGAUAUCAUCUACUUCCAAUGCUACACCCAAAAUGCCAAAGAUUUCCCAAUUUCAUGGAAGAAAUUGGGAGCAAUUGCUGAAGAUGCCUUAACCAUUGCAACGGGCGUGGAUGUUGUUGUGCCCGAUGAUCGUUUUGCCGUACGUAUCAAUGCAAAUAAAACUCUGUAUGAAAUGCGACUCGUUGAUGCACGUAAAAGUGAUUCUGGAACGUAUCAGUGUGAAAUUGCACCCACAUCCACGCGGACAUUCAGUAAGAAUGUUAACAUUGAUGUUGAAGCUGAAAGCAUUGCUGAGGAUAGGAAACCAGAAAUAACAAAAAUCUCCCCAAAUCAAGAAAUCUUCGAGGAGGAAACUCUCAAUAUUCAAUGCAAAACGAAGAACGCAAAGCACUACCCGGUCAUGUGGAUGAGAACAACAUCCAAUACAUCCACUGUUCUCACAGUUGAUGACAUCAUUGCAACACAUGACUACCGCAUUAGCUACUUUAUCAGCAAAAAAGGCACCACCUACACCCUGCGCAUUGCUGAAACAUCCAUUGAAGAUGCCGGAACGUACCAUUGCUGGGUGCUGGCACCGGGUUUUGAUGUAAUCUCCAAGAGUGUCAAUGUUAGGAUUUACCCCAAACUCACAACACCCCACAUUUAUGACAUUUCCCUCGAUCAAGAGGUCAAACUUGGGGGGAAUGUUGAACUAUUCUGCUCAGUGAAGAAUGCCGAAAAUAUUGCGGUUUACUGGAAAAGGUUAGAUUACAAUGAAAAAGAAAAAUCCGUCAUAUCAUUUGGAAGCAAAGUAAUUGUCCCAGAUCCAAGAAUUUCCCUCUACGUCAAUCACGAUCAUUCCCUCUAUAAGCUACGCAUCAGUAAUGCAACUACCAGUGAUGCUGGGAUUUAUCAAUGUCAAAUUGAUCCAUCAACAUACCUCACAACGCGAUUUAUUGUUGAAGUCAUCGUAACAGAUGCUCAAGGACGUAGAAUUUCAAAUAGAACUGCAACUACUGCAAAGGAUAAGGACACAUCAUGCAUCCCAGCCUAUGCCAGUGAAUUCCCAUCAAUCUGGAGACAACUAACACCACUAAUUGAGGAAGCACCAAAACUCUCCUCUGGCUACACUUUCCGUGUUGAUGAUCAACUAUCGGUACAAAUAAUCAAGGAUGGAGGUGAAAUUUACUAUAAACUCCUCCUCAAAAGUCUCUUCCACACCGAUCAAGAACCAUCGAGUUGCCUUCUUCUCACAUCUGACCCUCCCUCCAAGGACAAAGACCUAAGCAAGAGAUAAUUUCUGUUCUGAAAGAUUCAAUUUACAAUUUGCUCUUUUUUUUCAAAGGAAACUUUGUGAACUUUACCGUAUUUUUCUUUUUAAACUUAAAUGGUUGUGGAAAUUAUAGAGGUAAUAAAAAUUUUAUUUUUUAGAAGUAGAAAA